AUGGAAGGACAAGAUUCUUCUGACUUAAGGUGUCGGGAUCUUGAUUUGGCACUUCAUGAGAAUGAACCACCCAUUCCCAUGGAUUCUAGUUUGUCAAAUGAAAAGGCUGCUUAUGAGCGGUGGGAGCGAUCUAAUCACUUAAAUUUGAAGCUCAUUAAGUCACAUAACAAUCAAAGCAUUAAGGGUUCAAUCCCUGAUUGUGACCCAGUCAAAGCUUACAUGAAAGCAAUUGAUGAACAAUUUGUAAGCUCUGACAAGGUUUUGGCUAGCAGUCUUAUGAAGAAAUUUGCACGCAUGACAUUUGACAAAAGUGGGAGUGUGCGUGAGCACAUUAUGGAAAUGAAGGAUAUUGCUGCUAAACUAAAGUCCCUUAAAGUUGAGAUUUCUGUGUCAUUUCUUGUGCAUUUCAUUCUCAACUCUCUCCCAUUGAAAUAUACUCUGUUUAAGAUCUCUUAUAACACACAUAAAGAAGAAUGGUCAAUUAAUGAACUCUUGAUUGAUACGAAUUCCGUUGAUGAUGAAAUUCGUGACAACAAAUUCCGAAUCGAUGGCGAUUGUUAUAGGUUUGGAAAUGGCUGA